AAUCUAAUGACUAUAAUAUUAAUGUAACCAUAAUUUCCCGAAUGGGCCUGCAGAUGGAAUGCACGCAUUUGUGAACGUUUUAUUGCAAGUCGGGAUUCGCUUGGGGAACUAUUUUAAACUUUGACCUCAACAAGAUGGUUUCAAUGGCACAACUCUGAAUGGUUGUUGCUAAAAUGCUAACGGUUGGUAUGCGAACGUAAAGUAUAUUUCAGCGUUGCGUCCCGAGUCCAGAAAAGACAAAAGGCGCAUAGAAAAGGAUUGGGAGUUUUCCCAAUUAGAAUUGCUUUACAAUUUUCAUUUUGCUGCAUCACUAAUAAUUAUCAUUCUUUAAAUUACUUACAUGUAUAAAGUAGCACAAAGUUAAAAAAAAAAAAAAAAGGUAAGAAGGCGAUAAAGCUAAAAGAGUGGAAAAGACGCUAUUGUGGGAUGCACGAAAUAAUGUGAUUUUUUUUUUUGUUUUGUUUCUUUUGGUCUUUUUUUGUUUCAAACAGAAAUAACGUUGAACUCCAAAAAAGUGCCAAACUGAAACACCGUGGGAUGGUCCCAAAUGGAGUACGAAGAGAAAGAAAAAGAAAAAGUCCUCCCGAUGAAUCCCGUAGACGAACAUUAAUUUAUUGGCAUUGUAAUUUAGCAUACAUAAACAAAAUAGAAGUCAUACACUUUUACUUUGUUUGAGUGAAUCACACUGAACACAAAUAAUUUGUUAUUUUUUUUAGAAUGAUAAAACUACGAUGCAAAAAUUGCAGUUUGAUGGACUAGAAGUCACAGUCAGUCAUCGACAUAAAACUUCUAUAAAGCAGAAAUCAAACAUUUGACUGCAGCUCUGCUUGAACGAUAAAUCCGUCAGGCUGCAACUGGUGGAAGGCGAAACAACGGGGGAUUAUCGAAGGACAACAUAACUGUUCGCAGAGAACGCGUUACUGUAUUGUUGUGUGUGUGUGUGCGUGUUGUGGCAUUUUUGGGCGUGACGUGUGCAUGAUGGGCCUUUGGCAGGAAUCCAAAGCAUGAACGCAGAAAAACCUGCUUUGCCGAGUGCAUAGAAAACAAACAGUCGAAAAACUAGAACAGGGCUUUCUCCGUGAUUUGCAUGUCCAGUAAACGUCCGCGUACGUGGGUGCAAACAUUCCCUCGACUUAAUGUCUGUUUCAGAAAGGGGGGUGUCGGCGCCGGUCUGGGUUUACGCUCCCUGGCCUCCAUCCCCUCGCUGCCCCCUGAUGUGGCAGAGUUUGUGAAGGGCGCGGCGGACGAGUGCAAGCCCAGCGGCGUGCAUGUCGUGACGGGCACGUCGGAGGAGAUGGCCGAUAUCCUGGCAGGCCUGGAGAAGGAAGGGAUGGUCAAGAAGCUCCCCAAAUAUGAAAACUGCUGGCUGGCGCGCACGGACCCAAAAGACGUGGCCCGGGUGGAGAGCAAGACGGUAAUCGUGACCGAGAGCCAGCGAGACGCCAUCCCCAUCCCUGCCGAAGGAGUCAAGAGCCAACUGGGCAGCUGGAUGAGCCAAUCCGACUGGCAGAAAGCGAGACGGGAGCGUUUCCCGGGGUGCAUGGCAGGUCGCACCAUGUAUGUUAUUCCUUUCAGUAUGGGUCCAGUGGGUUCCAGUCUUGCAAAAUAUGGCGUUCAGGUGACUGACUCGCCAUACGUCGUGGCCAGUAUGGGCAUCAUGACCCGUAUGGGCACGCCUGUUCUGAAUAAGCUGGCUGAGGGAGUCGAGUUUGUCCGUUGCCAGCACUCUUUAGGGCGGCCUUUUCCGCUGAAAGCGCCGCUGGUCAACGCGUGGCCCUGCGACCCAGACAAGGUGUUAAUCUCCCACUUGCCGGACACCAGGCAAAUCUUGUCGUACGGCAGCGGCUACGGAGGAAACUCCCUCCUGGGGAAGAAGUGCUUUGCCCUGCGCAUCGCCUCCCGCAUCGCCAAGGAUGAAGGGUGGCUGGCGGAGCACAUGCUGAUCCUGGGCAUCACCAACCCUCAGGGAGCGAAGCGUUACGUGGCGGCAGCGUUCCCGAGCGCCUGCGGUAAAACCAACUUGGCAAUGAUGAAACCCUCUCUGCCAGGCUGGAAGGUGGAGUGCGUGGGCGACGACAUCGCGUGGAUGAAGUUCGACGCCCGAGGGAAGCUGAGAGCCAUCAAUCCCGAGAAUGGCUUUUUCGGCGUGGCGCCGGGGACCUCCGACAAGACCAACCCUUAUGCGAUGAGCACCAUCGCCAGAAACACCGUGUUCACCAACGUCGGCGAGACCAGCGACGGAGGGGUGUGGUGGGAGGGUCUCGAUCCCCCCGCGGCUGGCGUCACGUUGACGGACUGGCACGGCAAAACCUGGAAGCCAGGAAGUGGCACGCCUUGCGCUCACGCCAACUCGCGCUUCUGCGCGCCGGCAGCUCAGUGCCCCAUCAUUGACCCUCAAUGGGAGAGCGAAGAGGGCGUUCCUAUCGACGCCAUCAUCUUCGGCGGUCGGAGGCCGCAAGGAGUUCCUCUGGUCUACGAGUCUUUCAACUGGCAACACGGCGUGUUUGUUGGGGCUGCAAUGAGGUCUGAGGCCACAGCGGCCGCUGAGCAUAAAGGGAAGGUGAUCAUGCACGACCCCUUCGCCAUGCGUCCGUUCUUUGGCUACAACUUCGGCGACUAUCUGGCUCACUGGUUAAGCAUGGAGACCCGAAAGGCGCCAACUCACCUGCCCAAGAUCUUCCACGUCAACUGGUUCCGGAAGGACCCCGCCAGCGGUGCCUUCCUCUGGCCGGGAUUCGGCGAAAACGCCCGCGUGCUCGAGUGGAUCUUCAAGCGCUGCGGCCGGGAGCGCGACAACGAGGCGGCCAAAAAGAGCGUCAUCGGCUGGUUGCCGGAAGACGGCGCCAUCGACACCCGGGGGCUGGGCGGCAGCGUGGACAUGGGCGCCCUGUUCGACGUGCCCGAGCACUUCUGGCAGAACGAGACCAAGGAGCUUAGAGUGUACUUCAGCCAGCAGGUAGGGGCUGACCUACCUGCAAAGGUGGAGGCUGAGCUGAAGGCUCUGGAGGUCAGGGUUCAUGGCUAAUAACGUCUGCGGGGCGGGGCGGGGCGGGGCGGGCGCAAUCAGAGCCAGCGGCUGAAUUAGUACACUUUUUUUGUUUCGCUACAACAAAAUACCUUUGUUAAUGUAGCACUCAACACAAAAUUGUUCGGACACGAAUGUUGCUGUGCAGAAUUUACUCAGGCGGCACGGUGGCACAAAUGGUUAGCACAUCUGACUCACAGUUCCGAGGACCGGGGUUCAAUGCCCGGCCCCGCCUGCGCGGAGUUUGCAUGUUCUCCCCGCGCCUGCGUGGCUUUUCUCCGGGCGCUCCGGGUUCCUCCCACAUGCCAAAAAACAUGCACGGGAAGGUUGAUUGAGGGCUCUAAAUUGCCCGUAGGUGCGAACGGUUGUUUGUUUGUACGAUCGGCUGCGAUCGGCCGGCGACCGGUUCAGGGUGGACCCCGCCUCUCGCCCGAAGAUAGCUGGGAUUGGCUCCAGCACGCCCGCCACCCGCGUGAGGAGGAGCGGAACGGAAGAUCAAUGAAUGAAUGAAUGAAUGAAUAAUUUACUCAACAUUUUUUUUUAGAAAAACAUACAUUUAAAAUGAUCUGGGUAAUUCAAAGGACUAUUACAAUUGCAUCAGCUAUACUGCAAAAAAUAAAACGAAUAAUUGACAUAAUUGUCAAUUCUGCGACAGGUCUGGCUUAGUGAUACUUAAACUAUUAAAAUAUUGUUUAUGCUAUCAAAUUCGAGUUUUCAAGGAUACCCUUUUUGUUUGAUCGUUUCAUUCCAAAUGUCACCCCACGACAGUCAAAAUGUCUUGGGGAAGACCUCAGCUCUGCUGCCAAUUGUUUCAGGAGUCGUUAUACUGAACUCGAUUCAUGAAAAAGAAGUGUUUCAAACAAGUUCAUAUUUCGAUUUGAUGUUUAGACCCGCAAGGAACCAAAUGUGAAGAGUUAUCGUAUGAAAUGACGGUGACAAAAGACAUGGGCUUGCGUUUGUGUGAAAACCCAACCGGUGGAGGGACGUCCCUCCCUUCGGGGGCACAGAAGAGGAAAAGCGACUAAUUCAACGAUGUAAUACCUCCCUCGUGCACUCGAUAUUGAUUCUGCCGCAUUAAGUGGCAAAAGCGAGAUCAAUCGCUACGACAGGCAAACACCUUUGUACUUUUUUUUAAACAAAGACCAAAACACACCAUCUGUUUGCUAUGUGCAGGGUCACAUGGGGCCAACCCCGAAAGAUAAGAAAUAUAAAUACAAUUUGAUCAGCUUUUGGGAAAUAACAGCCUUUAGUUCCAACGACUGCUAUCUGCUCUUUUACACACACACGAUCCCUACGCAUCAUUCAUUCUUAAUAGUUUUAUUUGUAUAAUGACUUGAAUUUUAAAAUGAUGGAGCAAUAAGUAUAACUGUGAUCUACUCUUUUCCAGGUAUUUUCAAAAGUUGUGUGCAACUUUUUUUUUACAUACUACAGUGCAAUGAAUUGAUGUCUCAAAGUGCCUAUUAUUGAUCGCUGUGAAGAAAUAUAUACAAUGAAAUGGGUCACACAACAAUAAAAAAAAAAAUACAAAA